CUGUUACUCUGAAAGUCCCUUAGCGGAUGUGGCGUUCUCAACAUGGUGACUUGACACAGGUGCGUUCAACAGCUGGAUGAUGAUGAUAAGCAAAAACAGUCGAAGAAAGCGAGCAAAAGGGCAACAUGAGAGCCGUUGUGAGCACGGAGGAUCAGGAGGGGGCGAAGGACGAGCAAGGGGAGAGCGACACCAUCCAAAGGCGACCCAGCAUUGUGGUGCUCCAAAACAUGCUCAGGAAAAUCCCUCCAAGCCCGUUCCACAAUUCGCAGCAGAGCGUCCGUCCGUCGCCCUCCAGCGGGUCGCCUGCGAGCGUUUCGAGAAGCAACCGAGACGACUUUCUGAACGUGACCACUGACAGUCAGCUGUCACAGGAUGCAGCACAGCGGCCGAACCCUCAGCCUGUGGCAAGCACGAACCCUUUUUAUUCCUAUCAACUGGAGUCCAGGCACAAGUACGACACCAGCGAGGACGUCGGACAAAAACCGUGGCAGGAAGAGCGGACGGCGAGCGACUUGUUUCCUCUGCCUGAAUUCCGUCGUUCUCCGUUGGAUUGGCAAGAAAAUGGACCCUCGGGGUCUGAAGACCACAAGGACCGGGUCCGCGGCUUCAGUUCAAACCACCUGCCGGAUAACAUUUUCACAUCCCAAAUUGGGCAGGAUCAGAACACGAGCCGGAGCCUUUUACAAGAUUCGCCCGAGGAUUUUAGCCUCACGGCGUCCUCGGGGAACGUCUCGGAUCCAUUUCGGCCUUUUUCCAACACGGCGGAGGAUCCGAUCGGCUCUCCGGAGGAUCCAUCCGGGAAUCCGUUUUACUCGUUUCAGGCGAGCGCAGGAAAAUUCUCACCCGAUGACAAACUCGCUUCUUCAGGAUUAUCCGGAUCCGAUUUGGACGUAUUCUCCCCUUCUUCGAAUGUCUCGAGCUCUAUCGUAAAGGAGCUCUUCGGAGACGGCGGCGGCGCAAGCGAGCCGUUGAAUCCGGAGGCGGCCAACGACGGGGACGUUUUCGGAAGCCUUCCCAGGAGCGGGUUGACCAAAUCGACGUGGGACCUCUCGGAGCACGCCGUCCCAUGGCCGUAUCCGGACGGCCCACGCGAUGUCGCGCUCACCGCUCCGCAAGGAAGCAAACACGGCAUCCUCCAUCCGACGCCCUUCAGCCAGGCCCAGAAACUGAGUGCGUCGUCGGACUCUUCCCCCACCGAGUCGAAUCACGUGACGCUCAGCAGGCGCCCGCCCAAGCCGCUCCCUCGUUCCAGACCUCCCAGGUUGGAGAAGCCCCCCGUGCCGGAUAAGUCCCGCAAGCCGGCCUAUAUCGUGGAGCCGGAGCCAAGCGGGCCGCCCAAACCUCCUCCGAAACCCGUCAAAGCGAGCCCCGUUUCAUUCGCCGGCGCCGCCGCCAUGCCGCAGGACGGGAAAGAGCUCGACAAGGAGCACUGCGACAUCUUUGAGGACAUCCUGCUGAUUGGACAGGAAAAGUGUGUGGAAGACUGGCCGGAAGACAGUCCUCAGUUCCACCCCGACUUCAAACCGUCUGGAAAAUUUCGACUGCGUCGCGAAUCCCUGACGGUCACGCAAAUCUCUGAGGAAGGAGCGACACGAGAGAAUCGGGAUGAUUUUGGAGGACACGUCAAGAAGAAGGACCGCAAGUUUUUGUUGUUGUCCCGAGGAGGCUCAAAGGACAAAGUGUCUGAUGACAUGAAAGAUGGCCGCAGUCUGACUUUACCUUCUCAAGGGAAAUCCUCAAAGGAAACUUUCUACGAGAUGAACUACCCGUCUGGGAAGAGGGAAGACGGAGAGCAAAGUUGGUCUGACGGCAAAAAAAAGCCCCUGAAGAACAAAGUCAACCAGCUGCUGAGGCGCGCGUCCACCAGCCUCGUCCAGCGACAAGCGGCUCCGGCGAGCAAGGACGACGACUUCCUUCAGAAACGGAUGAACAUGAAAGAAUCUGCUAUGCGAUGGCACUCCCAGGAGGCCAUGUUUGAUUUCGGCAAAGGGGAUGAAGAUGAGGCGGCGCGAGCGCAGCUGGACGAGGCCGACGCCUUUGCCGGCAAAGGCAAAAAGAAAAUGAAAAAGAAGUUUGGGCAUCUCAAAGGAUUGACACAUUCUCAGGGAGAGCAGCCGCAGGGGGCGCAUGGAUACACACCUCGCAAGGACUCAAAGGACAGAGAAGAGCAGUUUUUCGCCGGGGCCGGCAUGUGGCAGGAGCACAGCCUGGAGAAUGUGGAUGAACUAAAAGGGCUUCACUCCAUCAGCCAGGAGGACGUGCCUUUCUUUCACCCCCACCAAAACAGCUUCCCGGCAGAGCAGCUCGAUUAUGAAGCGCCCGAUGCAGCAGACGCCUACGCAGCGAAAAAGAACAAGUUCAAGGCCCCGGUGCCUUUGCCCCGCAAACCAAAGCCAAGCUUCGGUUCACCUGCACCGGUGGAGGCGCCGAUAUUUGGCGACGCUGCUUUUGCACCCACGUGUCAGGCGGACAACUGGUCAGAUGAGGACCACGAUGCUUUGAGCGAAAGACAACAUGGAGAUCCCGUAGUAGACUACUACUACAAACAGGAUGAGCUGGUCUAUCAAAAACCGAAAAAGUUGAAGCGCAAGCCGUUCCGAAAGCACAAAUCAAAGAACAAAGCUUGGGAAGGCGCCGUGGAGGAAGUGCCAAUCAACCACCUGUCGGAGGCGGCGCAGGCCGAGUGGCUAGCGGCGCAGAGGGACGAGCGCGUGGCGGCGGGUCUGGAAUACGGCGAGGGAGACGGCGACGGGGACACGGACAGCUUGAUGGAGUGGUGGUACACAGUCGAAAAGUGGUACGAGGUGCCAUCGGACGAAGAGACCAAACAGCGCGACGAUUCCGAGUCCUUCACCGUUUUGGCCGACAAGGUGAACCGAGGCCUGCGGGUGUUCAACAAAGUUUUCAUGGAACGCGCCGAGGUCUUCUGGCAGCACGUGGUGAAGCUCCACGCCCUGGCGGACCACCUCAGCACCUUCCACCAGAAAGCCAAAGCGGCCGGCAUCACGGGCAACACCACGGCGGCCGUCGGCGGCGUGACAGCCAUCGCCGGCUUGGCCUUGGCCCCGUUCACCUUUGGCGCCUCGCUCAUCGUCACGGCGGUCGGGGUGGGCGUGGCCACCGCCGGAGGGAUCACUUCGGCCUCCGCCAGCAUCUCGGAUAACGUCAACAUCAUGCAGGAGCGCAAGAAGGUGGAGGCGGUGCUGCAAGAGUACGAGUUUGACUUUCGGGGCUUGGCCGAUAUCCUUCACUUCGUCAAUCACGGCCUGUACAAACUGCGCGGGCAUCCUUUCCUCCGCUCGGGCACGCAGCACUAUUCUGAGGACUGGGAGGUGCGCAAGGCGGUGCAGAUGAUCAGCCUGGUGGACUCGCCCGUCAUGCGAGCCAUGGAGGUGACGGACGCCAUCUUGCGGCUGGUCCAAGGACUUCACGGCGGCAUGGAAAAGUACUUUAAGGACUCCCGGAACCUGAAGAGAGCCUUCAAGAAGCAAGUGGUGGCUCGGAUCAAAGAGGCGGCCAAUGUGCUUAAUGACGGAGUGGUGGAGCUGAACGCCAUCAGGGAGGAGCUCCAGAAGGCCGUUGGCAACUUUUAAACGGGUUUGUCGAGGAUGAAUAUGGAACGGGUUGAAGAACGGCCGCAAGGACCGCAACGUCAGCUACUUUUUAAGAAGUGCAAGUCAUCCUUUUUAUUGAUUGAGCUCAUUUGCAUUUGAUUGUCAGGCAUUUUCCCUGCUAACCAAUUAAAGAUUACAUUUAGGCAGCACUAGGCUACCGUAGGCGUCUUGGUUUAUGCCAGUGUUGUGUCCAAGGACCGGCAACCCGAGGCCAAGGCCAAGGACUUGAGAAAUUUUCCGAGGCCAAGGCCAAGGACCAAGGACUGAUUUUGAAGCUGAGGCCUAGUCGAGGACAUGUAUAAAACAAUGCUAUCAUACCACUUGGCAGGUCUUCAUGAUUUGCAACACCCCUCCAUCGUAACCCCUUGCACUCCCUAACGCUUGAAUGAAGUGUUUUUAUUCAAAGAGUAGAACAGUCAGGGUAUGUGUUAUUUAUACUGAGAAAAACAAAAAUAAAAGCAUAUGAUAUACA